UAUUACUGUAUUUUGUGUCCCCCAGGGAGCAUGGCUUGGCUCAGGAAUGAUGUGUUGUCGUUCCUGCCAGACCUCAUCACCUACACGACACUCACAUUAGUCGUCGCCAUCGUACUGCCAUGGCUCAUCAGGAGGCAGCGGAAGAUUUGGCUGAUAGAGCAGAUCCCAGGACCGAAGGCACUUCCUAUACUCGGCAAUGCACUUGAAGUUACUGUUGAGCCUCGAGAAGUCUUCCAAGCAAUAAUUUGUUCAGCUCGUGUAUGGAAACAUCAUACUUCCCUCGUCCGUGCCUGGGCAGGACCCUUUCCCCUAGUGCAAAUGACCAACUGCAGAACUGCAGAGGUGAUCCUGAGCAGUCAAAAACACCUGGACAAAAGUCGUGAAUACAACUUUCUGCACCCCUGGCUCGGCACUGGUCUCCUCACCUCCACAGGAAGCAAGUGGCACUCUCGCCGGAAGCUGUUGACCCCGGCCUUCCACUUCAAGAUUCUGGAGGAUUUUGUGGAGGUUUUCAACAACCAGAGCAACAAGAUGGUGCAGAAGUUGCAGCAGAAGGCAGAUGGCAAGCCUUUUGAUAUCUUCCCAUUUGUUACGCUCUGUACCCUUGAUAUUAUCUGUGAGACUGCUAUGGGGUGUAACAUAAAUGCUCAGGAUAAUAGCGACUCACACUAUGUCAAGGCAGUGUACAGGUAAGUAACACUGGUAGUGUACAGGCGAACUAACUGGUCUCUGAUAAGUGACCUUCGUGAGGAGGUUGAUACAUUUAUGUUUGAAGGUCACGACACUACAGCUGCUGCUAUCAACUGGUCACUCUAUUUGAUUGGUUGUUACCCAGAGAUCCAGGCCCGUGUUGAUGAGGAGCUGCAGUCUAUCUUCGGUGACUCAGACCGUCCAGUGACCAUGGCUGACCUGCGUGAGAUGAAGUACACAGAAAACUGCAUCAAAGAGGCACUCAGACUCUUCCCUUCUGUGCCUAUCCUGGCCAGAGAGCUCAGAGAGGAGGCUGUUAUAGAUAAUUAUCGCAUCCCAGCUGGCACCACUGUGAUGGUGGUGACCUACAGCCUUCACCGUGACCCAGCACAGUUUCCCAAACCGGAAGUCUUUGACCCGGAUCGCUUUUUACCGGAGAAUGUCAGCAAGCGACACCCCUACGCUUACAUUCCUUUCAGCGCUGGACCCAGGAACUGUAUCGGCCAGAAAUUUGCACUUAUGGAGGAGAAGAUCCUGCUGAGUAACAUCCUGCGUAAGUUCCGCGUAGAAAGCGUCACUCGCCGAGAAGACUUACGCAUUCUCGGAGAGCUCAUUCUCAGGCCAGAAAAUGGUAACACUUUGAAACUUACUCCCAGAGCAUAAAAGAAGUGACAUGAAGGUACUUUAGACUACUUAGAUAGUAAAGAAUUUUGUAUCUUAAGGAUCAGUGAGGUCAUUUUUAAUUUGAAUUAAGAAUAUGAAAUAAAAAUAAUUAUGGUUAUAUAAGAUGAGAACAUUAAGAGAGAAGAACAACAGUUCCUCUCAUUCUCGUGGGAGACUUAAACUUUUAUGUCAUUGUAGUGUUUAGAUCCUGCAACUUACACUCAUAUACACCGAAUAUUAUUGUUGAAGAGACAGGGGAAAAAAAACAUGUAUAGUUCAGGAUAUUUAUUAGAGAACACUGUUUCGCCACCAGUUGCGAAACUUUUCCUCUAAUAAAUUUCCUGAUCUGUAUGUAAAUGUAUUUUUUCCAUAUCCUGUUGGUAUCACUAUACUAUUUUUCAGUUCAAGAGAUAGUAUAGACCAAGUGUCAAGAUUAAUAAAUUCUUUUAUAAUCACAGUAGUACUCAUUCAAAAAUUUUUUAAUGUCAUUACAUCGCCCAAGGUAUCACUUAGCAUGUAGGAUCUGGUAAUGUGAAAGACAAUACGUUUCGUCCAGAACUGAACUUUGUCGAGUUUAUUGAAGCUCCGUCCUGAACGAAUCGUCGUAAAAAAUAAUCCUUAUAAUAUUAAUAAAGUCUCUGUUCG